GAAAACGGAAACGGGAACUCUCUUUAAACUAGUAGACCUCCACUGCUAAGGAAACGAAGGGAGGAAUUAUUUUCAAGACACAUAGCCUUGCCUACGCCGCAAGACUUCAGAAAUGUCCGAGGCAACUAUUAUUCGGAAGCUUUGCAGCAAUAACGGUUCCAUGCGCUACGAUGAUUUGGUCGCUGAAUUAAAUGUAGGGAAUUGGUUUAGCGUUGACACAAGCUGUCUGGAAAACAGUGAACGUUUUUCAAUUAUCCAGUCGAACGGGGAGAAACGGGUUAUCGCUAAAACACAAGUUCGUUUGUGCAAGGCCAAAAAUUGUCUCGGAUGUACGAAUUUACACCUUUGCAAGAAGUUCUUGCUCGGAGAGUGUCCGUUUGGCAGAGGAAGAAAGCCCUGUAGAUUUGGUCAUGACAUCAUGUCAGAGCACAAUGCCCACGUCCUUCAGAUGAAUCAACUGGAGCAGCUGAACAAGAACGAGCUGUGCACUCUGUUGCUUCAAAAUGACAACUCCAUACUGCCACCGGUGUGCUUCGACUACAACAACGGCACCGGUCAGUAUGGGAAGUGCGAGGAGGCCGAGGGCUGCCGACGUCUGCACAUCUGCCAGCAGUACCUGAAGGGGGAGUGCGGCUGCUCGCGCGCCCACGACUUCUUCGAGCCGCACCCCUUCCGCACGCUGCAGGACCGAGGGGUGCCCUUGGGGCUGAUGGCGUCCAUAAAGGACAUCUACUCUAACAUCGAGGCCAUGAGGGUGCGCACCAAAGGCAGGCCGCCGCAACAACAACACCAUGCUGGCCCUGGUGGUGCCAGGCCCAACUUCGGCAACCGCACUGAUGAUAAUCAUGGAACGGCAAGCAGGGCCCCGGAGGCCACACGAGACAAAACAGAAAUAUGUAUGUACUUUGUGAAGGGAAGCUGCAAGCAUGGGGACAGAUGCUUUAGAGCCCACUCUACCCUGCCGUACAGAUGGGAGGUCAGAGAUGGACAAAGCUGGACUGCUUUGUCUGAUAAUGAGAGCGUAGAAAGAGAUUACUGCAACCCUGACAAGACAUACAGCAGUCAGGGAGUGGAGCCGGUGUGCUUUGACACGAUGACGUGCGGCCUGCGCCGAGUCCGCCGCAUCUCCACCGUGUCAUCUGUGUUGCAGCCCUCCUUCGUUCUCACCACCGACUGGGCCUGGUACUGGGAGGAUGAAUUCGGAAACUGGAUCCAGUACGCCACAGCAGCAGGAGGUCACAGCUCAGCUUCCAUCACGAGUGAGGACUUAGAGCAGAAGUAUCAAGAGGACCCCAGUGCAGUGGUGGAGUUCACAGCCGGAUCUCAGAAGUAUAAGCUCUGUUUCCAAGAUAUGAUUCAGACCAACGAGCGCUAUGCUACCAAAAAGCUAGUCAGAAGGCGGCCUGUGUUUGUGUCAGCAGCUGAUGCACAGACUAUCAAAACCAGUAAAAAGGCUCCCAAUAAUCGGUCAAACUUUAAAGCGCUGCCUACACACUGGGACAAAGCACAGACUCCAGACACUGGCUAUAAGAGAGUGAGCCUGCCAAGUGGUACUAAUGAGUACAACCGGAUGGUGGCCCUUUUCAACACAACCAUGAGGGGCUUCAACAUUGUGUCGAUUGAACGAAUUCAGAACAAAGCACUCUGGGAAGUCUUCCAAUGGCAAAAAGACUUGAUGAAGAAAAACAACAGUGGCCGUAAUGUGGUGGAGAAGGAGCUUUUCCACGGGACAGAUUCCAAGUAUGUCGACGCCAUUUGCCACAACAACUUUGACUGGAGGAUCUGUGGGACCCAUGGGACUGCAUAUGGGAAAGGAAGUUACUUUGCCCGAGAUGCAAAAUACUCGCACAGUUACACCAACCUAUCGCCCACCAGGAUUCUGUUUGUUUGUCGUGUUUUGGUUGGAGAUUUUACCCGAGGACACACAAGCUAUCUCCGUCCUCCUUCCAAGGGCAGUGGGGACACAGUGUUUUACGACAGUUGUGUGGACAGUCUCCUCGACCCAAGUAUAUACGUCAUCUUUGAGAGGCACCAGGUAUACCCGGAAUACCUCAUCAAGUACGAGGAACGGGCAGAAUCAGUUCUUUCUCCUCAUACAAUCAGGCCUGCCAACAACAAGCCACUGCCUGUCUCCCGCACUACGAACACGGUUCGUGCUUUGUCCAGUGCUCGUCCGGCGGUUCCUCUGAGAUCCUCGAUCAUCUCAUCUCGGAAUGCCUCGGCCGCGGCUCUCAAGGUGAGACCAACUCCAGCCUCUUUGCAUCAGUCCCAGCAGCAGACAACACCACCGGGCCGGGUUCAACCCUACUCUCAAAGCCUCGCCUCAGCAGCCAAGCAGACAGCCCCCUCUUCUGACAGGAUCCAAGGUUCAGUUCUCAAGUCCAGACCAACGGUGGCCUCUUUCCUCCAGGCCCAACAACAGACAACACCAUCAAGGCGAGUUCAGGUUCCAGCUCCACUCUCUUCUCAAAGACUCACGUCAGCAGCCAGGAUCCAAGAUUCACUCAAGAGAAUGCAGGAGGCGCUCAAGAGGUUACAAGACCGAUAUUAAUGACAGGGCAUUAACUGUUUUGCUCUACAUUCAGUCUACGUUGUAGUUCAGUUGCUUUAUCUCAACUAUUGACUGAGAUAUUGAGAUGACCUGAGAUAUUGAAUGUCCAUUUGAGAGUGCCUUACUCAGCUUUUGAAAUUAAUUUUAUGAGACCACAAAACGGCGUCACCUCAAACCCCCUUUCACCAUAUUUCACGUGAUGAGAGUUCAUAAGAUUAUUUCACUCUGUUAAUCAGAUUACUCGCCUUUGUUUCCUGUGCUUUGAAAUGUAUUUGAAUAAUAAAACCAUUUUGACUCUG